AUGGACGUGCUUUUCACUUGUGAUCCUGCUAAUGUUAACUACAUCCUGAGCAAGAAUUUCACCAAUUAUCCCAAAGGCCCUGAGUUUGGAAAGAUUUUUGAUAUUCUUGGAGAGGGGAUCUUUAGUUCGGAUGGCCAUCUUUGGGAAGUUCAACGCAGAACUACCAUGUCAAUCUUCAAUCAUGCCCAGUUUUAUGAUAUGCUACAAAAGACUGUGGGGGAAAAGAUAGAAAAAGCACUGAUUCCACUACUUGAUCAUGUGUCUAAGCAUGGAAUCGAGGUGGAUUUGCAGGACAUAUUCCAGAGACUUGCUUUCGAUAACAUAUGUUCUCUGGUUUUAGACCAUGACCUACAGAGUCUCUCCCUUGAUUUACCUUACAUUCCAUACCAGAAGGUUGUCCCAGAUGUUGAAGAGGCGAUGCUUUAUAGACACUUCGUUCCUGAAAGCAUUUGGAAGCUACAAAGAUGGAUUAAAAGUGGCAAAGAGAAAACUCUAAGCAAAGCCCGGGAAACUAUUGAUGAAUUUCUAUAUACAUGCAUAUCCAUGAAGCGCAAGCAAGUGGCACUUAAAAAUUCUGAGCACAUAUCUGCAGAAUUAGAUCUGUCAGCAGCCUACAUGGAAUUAGCAUACAAGGAAAACCCGGAAAAUCCUGAUAAAUUUUUUAGGGACGCUUUGGUUAAUAUAAUGGUUGGUGCGAGAGAUACAACUAGUACGGCACUUUCUUGGUUUUUCUGGCUUCUUUGGAAAAACCCAAGAACAGAAUCUAAGAUUCUUCAGGAGAUCAAAACAAAUUUCAAUACAGAAGAUCUUAAUAAUUGCAAUCUUUUUAAGAAAAAGGAAGAGAUGCAUAAACUGGUUUAUCUGCAUGCAGCCUUGUGCGAGUCUUUAAGACUCUUCCCUCCAGUUCCUUUAAAUCACAAGGCUCCAAAACAACCAGACAUUCUUCCAAGUGGCCAUCGGGUGGGCAAAAACUCAAAGAUUCUGUUGUCUUUUUAUUCGAUGGGAAGAAUGGAAGACAUAUGGGGAAAAGAUUGCUUAGAAUUCAAGCCAGAGAGAUGGAUAACUGAAAAAGGAGACAUUAAACAUGAACCUUCAUACAAGUUUACGGCUUUUAAUGCAGGGCCAAGAGCUUGUUUAGGAAAGGAUAUGGCUUUCACUCAAAUGAAGAUUCUUGCGACGACCAUCAUACAUCGUUAUAGUAUUCAGGUGGUUGCAGGUCAUCCUAUAGUCCCAAAAGGUUCUGUUAUUCUGGAAAUGAAAUAUGGAUUCAGAAUCAGGGUGGAAAAACGAAGUGAGGGCAAGUAA